CACCCGGAAGUCGCUGCGGCGGGACUGCGACCGUGGCGGCAGAGCCCCCGGGACCCAUGUGCAUCAUCUUCUUUAAGUUCGACCCCCGGCCUGUCUCCAAGAACGCGUACAGGCUCAUCCUCGCCGCCAACAGGGAUGAAUUCUACCACCGACCGUCCAAGUCGGCCGAGUUUUGGGGGAACGACAAUGAGAUCCUCAGUGGGCUGGACAUGGAGGAGGGCAAGGAAGGUGGCACGUGGCUCGGCAUCAGCACGCGGGGGAAGCUGGCGGCACUCACCAACUACCUGCAGCCGCGGCUCGACAGGGACACCCGGGGCCGAGGUGAGCUGGUGACGCAGUUCCUGACGGGCGACACGGACAGCUUGUCCUACCUGCGGAAGGUCUCCUCGGAGGGUCACCUGUACAACGGCUUCAACCUCAUCGCGGCCGACCUGAGCACGGUGAAGGGAGACAUUGUCUGCUACUACGGAAACCGCGGGGACCCUGAGCCCGUCGUCCUGGUGCCAGGCACCUACGGGCUGAGCAACGCGCUGCUGGAGACGCCCUGGAGGAAGCUGUGCUUCGGGAAACAGCUGUUCCUGGAGGCGGUGGAGCGGGGCCAGGCGCUGCCCAAGGACGAGCUCAUCGCGCAGCUGCUGGCCGUGCUCAACAACGACGAGGCACAGCUGCCGGACCCGGCCAUCGUGGCGCAGGGCAGGGAGUACGUGCAGCCCAUUCUGAGCAAGUACGCGGCCGUGUGCGUGCGCAGCCCCCGCUACGGCACCAGAGCCAACACGGUCAUCCUGGUGGACGUUGAGGGCCACGUGACCUUCACAGAGCGCAGCCUGCUGGACCAGGACACGGCCCACUGGGAGACCCGCAGCCACGAGUUCCAGCUGCAGAGCUGACCAGCCCUCCUUUCCCUGGCCCGGCCACCGCAGGGCCACUGCCGGGAGCCUGGGCUGGCACCCCCAGACCGGGGCCUGCUGGCAUGUGUGUCUGCAUGUCCCCUCGUCCCACCCAACAUCGCCCUUAUGCCCAAGGAGAGUGACCGUGAUGGCACCUGGGCCUGGGGCAGGCCUGGUGGGCUGUGCACGUGGGAGAGUACCGAGGCCUCCCCAGGCACAUGCACAUGUUGGCACACACACAGCUCACAGGCACACGCUCACACAGGCACAAGCAAAGACAUGCACACGGGCAUGCCCACUAGCACGCCCAUGCACACACAGCUCACAUAAACACAUGUACAUGUACACACUCAGAUGCAUAUACACGUACAGGCACGCCCACUAGCGCACACAUGCACAGUGCUCGAAUAAGUGCACACACGCGUACACACUCAGAUGCAUACACACACAGGGAUGCUCACUAGCACACCCAUGCACACACAGCUCACAAAAACACAUGUACAUGUACACACUCAGAUGCAUAUACACACAUAGGCACGCCCAGUACCGCACACACACACAGACACACUGCUUACAUAAGUGCAUGCAUGCUUACUCAGAUGCAUACACACACACACAGGAAUGCUCACUAGCACACCCAUGCACACACAGCUCACAUAAACACAUGUACAUGUACACACUCAGAUGCAUAUACGCACACAGGCAUGCCCACUAGCGCUCACAUUCACACAGUGCUCGCAUAAGUGCACACAUGCUUACACACUCAGAUGCAUACACACACAGGGAUGCUCACUAGCACACACAUGCACACAGCUCACAUAAACACAUGUACAUGUACACACUCAGAUGCAUA